AUGCCCAAGAAUAAGGGAAAGGGUGGUAAGAACCGUCGUCGUGGUAAGAACGAGAACGACAACGAGAAGCGUGAGCUCGUCUUCAAGGAGGACGGUCAGGAGUAUGCGCAAGUCGUCAAGAUGCUCGGCAACGGUCGCCUGGAGGCUCUUUGCUUCGAUGGCGAGAAGCGCCUGGCCCACAUCCGUGGCAAGCUUCGCAAGAAGGUCUGGAUCAACCAGGGUGACAUUAUCCUUCUCUCCCUCCGUGAUUACCAGGAUGAGAAGGGCGAUGUCAUCAUGAAGUACACCGCCGAUGAGGCCCGUAGUCUGAAGGCCUACGGUGAACUGCCCGAGCACGCCAAGAUCAACGAGACCGACAACUUCGGCAACGAAGGCUUCGAGGACAACGUCGAGUUCGACGAGGACCGCGAAAGCGAGGAUGAGAAGGAAAUCGAUGUCGACGAGCUCUAA